ACAAUCUGCAAUGUAUUUAAAUAGUUAAAAUAAAUCAUAUUAGCCAUUAAUGGAACUCCCAUUUGUCCACAAAAGAAGAGUCCGGCAAAACCAAGCAUUGAACCUGUGGAUGUGCAUCAAUCCCUUGAAAAGGUUCUCCGUCCCUCCUUGUCUACAGGCACUAAAAUUGACACCUAGAGACAGUUUUUCCACACCUUUGUACUUCUGCAUUUGCAGUAAAAACACCGAAGCCUGGACAAACUCUCUGGCCAAGUUCCCUGGUUCAGUGAAUGCCCUUCUACAAGAACACGUUGUUAGGUCGUGUUUGAAGCACAGCUGAGCUUCAAAGAGCAUUAUCUGCACCGAAGAAAGCAUACAGUGAUAAUAUGCGGAAAAUGUUGCAUGUAGGCCCUGAGUCUUGUUCAGCAGUGUCUAAACUAUUAAAAGAAGAGGAUACUGAAGCUUGGGGCUUUGAACCAUAUGGUUUAGAUGAAACUGAUAGCAAAUGCAAGGCUCUUGUUCACAAGGGGAUUUUGCUAGUAGCAAAUAUCAAGUUUCUACUUCCCUACCUUUCAAAUUUCAAAGUCGUUCUCUCUUGUCGUAGUGUUGGAUGCAGUGGAUUAAUGAUCUCCAAGAUAUCUAACAAGACUCUUCCAGAGUUGGCAAGGGUGGCUGCUGAUGGUUUAGUUAUUUUACCUGGUUAUCUUGGUCACCAAAGGUUAAAGUGGCGGAGCUAUCAAAUUUGGCUGCCUAGUAUUGAUAUCAUUGUCUGUGCCGGACACUGUACCAAGUCAGGGCGCGUAAUACUGUGAAGAACUUUUGCUAGUCUGUCCAUCAGGAAAAGUGACUUGACUUACCAUCAUGUGGAGAUGGAGGGCUGUCUAAAUAGGCAGUUUGAUGAAGGUUCAGAUGUAGCAUGGAAAUGGAUACUCCAGUAGUAAAACAAUUGUAGUAAUGACUGCAUAAUAUUUACUCUGGAGUCUACAUUUUUGGUGAUACGCAUGCUCGCUAAGCUAGAGAAGUCAUAGAGCUCUGAGUUUGUCUUAAUAUCCUGUAAUGGAUGUAAGUCCAGUGAUUGCUAUAUCUCUUCAAAUUGCAAAAAGAAAAAGAAAGAAUUCUUCAGUAGACAUAUAUGCUGUCUGUGUUAGGUGUUGAUCGGCUCUUUUAUACAUCGUAUACUUGUGCACUUGUGGCGUGAGCGGCUAUCACGGAGGACAUUAUUGAAAAAGUUGAGCAGCUGAGCAUCUCCUGAAGUUAGAAGACAGACGAAAAAAUGCACCCCCCAAACAUUUUUCCAAACAUGUGUAAUUAUGAUUGCAAUUUGGAUUCUCUACGACAUAUCAAACUGGAAAGCUUAUUUUAGGGAGAUUGAUUUAGCUUAUAAUGAUAACAUCAAUUAUUUGCUUUAGAGUAGGGAAAUAAAGAAG